AUGGCAGACUUGAAUCCUCUGAGGGUCCUCAAUCUAUUCAAGUGUAUCAGCCCAAUAGAUUGUGAGCUACUGGGCUUAGACCCUGCUGAAGGUCGCCCAGAGAUGUUUAUUUGGCGAUAUCUCCCAGCGCCACCGGUCUGCAUUCGACCCUCUGUUGCGCAGGAGAAUGCCAGUAAUGAGGAUGAUUUGACUACCAAGCUGGCUGAAAUUGUGUGGGUGAGUGGCAUGAUACGCUCCGCCUUGCACAAAGGGUCAUCUAUCGACACAAUCAUGGAACAAUGGGAAUAUUUACAGACUCAAGUUGCUAUUUACGUCAAUAGUGACGCACCAGGCUUGCAACAACUCAGUCAAGGAAAGAGCAUUAGGGGCAUAUGUCAACGACUGAAAGGGAAACAGGGACGGUUCCGCGGAAAUCUUUCCGGAAAGAGAGUUGACUUUUCAGCACGCACUGUCAUAUCCCCAGAUCCGAAUCUCGGUAUUGAUGAGGUGGCAGUUCCGCAACCGGUUGCGAAGAACAUGACUUACCCGGAGAAAGUUCACCGUCACAACAUUGCCAAGCUACAGGCAUGUGUCAGGAACGGCCCGGACAUCUGGCCUGGUGCCUUAGCUGUCAUCAAAAAAGAUGAUGGAGAGUACAAGAUAUCACUCAAGUUCGCCAACAAGGAGCUAGUUGCACAUAAUCUGGCUGUCGGAGACGUGGUCGAGCGCCAUCUCGAAGACGGUGAUAUUGUUUUAUUCAACCGCCAGCCAUCGCUUCAUAAGCUCAGCAUAAUGAGCCACUUUGUCAAGGUUCGACCAUGGCGAACAUUUCGCCUCAACGAGUGCGUAUGUAAUCCAUAUAAUGCUGACUUUGACGGCGAUGAGAUGAAUCUGCAUGUUCCUCAGACGGAGGAAGCUCGCGCCGAGGCAAUGAUGCUGAUGGGCGUUCGAUAUAAUUUGAUCACCCCCAAAAGCGGCGAGCCUAUCAUUGCAGCAACUCAGGAUUUUAUAACAGCAGCUUUCCUUCUGAGUAGUAAGGAUCGCUUCUUUGACCGCAAGACGUUUAUGUCGAUAUGCAUGGAUAUGCUGGACGGACAAAUCUUAGUGGAUGUUCCGCCCCCAUCAAUUAUCGUGCCACGAGCAUUGUGGACAGGCAAGCAGGUAUUUGAUAUCCUGAUGCGGCCGAAUAGACAGUCACCUGUUAUGGUCAAUCUCGAUGCGAAAUGCAAAAACUUCAAAGCAAGUCCAGGGCAGCGUCACUGUCCUGACAUGGAUCCCUACGACGGAUGGCUUGUGGUUCGAAACUCUCAGGUCAUGUGUGGACUCAUGGACAAGUCCACUGUUGGAACGGGGAAGAAGGAUUCUAUCUUUUACGUCAUUCUUCGUGAUUACGGUCCUGAUCAGGCUGUAAUUGCCAUGAAUCGUCUUGCGAAGUUGUGUGCUCGGUAUCUAACACGCCAAGGGCUCUCUAUUGGCGUUGCCGACGUUUUCCCAGCUGCAAGUUUGGUACGAGAGAGAGAUCGCCUCGUUUCCAGUGCGUAUCACUCAUGUGACAAUAUAAUUUCCGCCUUUAACGCUGGGAGACUCGAAAAAGCUUCAGGCUGCAAUAUGGAACAAACUCUCGAAAAUUCUAUAUCUGGUGCUCUCAACAAAGUGCGGCAACUCGCUGGUGAGCAUUGCAUCAAUACGCUAAGUCGGAAUAAUGCGCCAUUAAUUAUGGCCCUGUCAGGAUCAAAGGGUUCAAAUAUCAAUGUUGCACAAAUGAUUGCCCUUGUUGGUCAACAGAUUAUCAGUGGGCAGAGAGUGCCCGACGGUUUUCAAGACCGAACACUUCCACACUUUCACAAGAAUGCUCGGCAGCCGGAUUCUAAAGGCUUUGUGCGAAAUAGCUUCUACUCGGGGCUUCUACCUACUGAAUUCUUAUUUCAUGCCAUCUCGGGAAGAGAAGGACUGAUAGACACAGCAGUGAAAACUGCAGAGACGGGGUACAUGUCACGUCGACUCAUGAAGUCUCUGGAGGACCUUUCUACGCAGUAUGAUAACACUGUUCGGACGUCUGGAGGCACUAUUGUGCAGUUUCAGUGCGGAGCUGACAAGCUGGAUCCGGCAAAUAUUGAAGGCCCAGCAGGUUGCCCGGUUCAUUUUCAACGGACUUGGACUCAUGCUGAAAGUCUUACAUGGGAUAAUGGUGAACCGUCAUUGACACCAGAGGAGAUAAGAUUAGUUUGUAGUCAUGAGCUGGAGAUGAGACGGAGGCAUUUUUCCCGCAAAGGUCUUCUGAAGAACGAGGACCUGUCGUAUGAUGACACAAGCCACUACGGAAUCGACGAACACGAAAGUGGGCGCAAAUUUCUAUCAUCAGUCCGAAACUAUGUCAAUAUCUUGGCUGAUAAGCUCCACAAGAUGCAGACGAUGACGAACAUUUAUCAAAUUUCAGACACAAAUCAGGCAGAGAGUCAUACAUGUCAGACUGCUAAGGUGUCGAUGACAACUUUACGACUCUUCAUGAAGAUGUGCUUCGAGAAAUAUCAGAAAGCUCACACUGAGCCUGGCCACCCAGUUGGAGCCAUCGCAGCCCAAUCUAUUGGUGAACCGGGAACGCAGAUGACUUUGAAAACAUUUCACUUUGCUGGCGUUGCUGGCAUGAGCAUCACACAGGGUGUUCCUCGUAUUAACGAGAUUAUUAACGCGUCUAAGAAUAUCAGCACGCCUGUUAUUACUUGUCCCUUGCUCAACAACCGAAAGAUGGAAGUCUCUAGGGUUGUUAAAGCCCGAAUGGAGAAGACUUAUCUGGCCGACGUUCUUCGGUUUGUUGAGCUUGAAUGGCGGCCCGAAGGUGGUCAUAUCGUCUUACAGAUUGACACUGGUACACUCGCAUCUUUACAUCUAGGCAUUGCUGUAUCUGACAUAGCACAAGCAAUUUGUGGAGAGAAGAAGUUGAAGAUACUGCCAUCAGAUAUCAGAAUUAACGGGAAUAUCAUAACCGUCCACAUCAGUGGCGCUUCCGGCUCACCAACCAGGCCUGGAGGUGAAAGGCAAGCAAGAACAGCCGAGUCCUCUGACAUGCUGCUCAAAGCCAACUUUCUGCGCCGGAAACUACCGUCAGUGGUCAUCUCAGGUCACUCAGGUGCUACCAGAGCCUUGAUCGAGAGUACUGAGGACAAUACAUACCGGAUUCUAGUGGAAGGUCAGGGCUUGCGAGCUUGUAUGACAACCGCGGGGGUAAUCGGUACGCAAGUUACGACAAAUAGUGUCAUAGAAUGCAGCGAGAUACUUGGCAUCGAAGCUGCUCGAACAACGAUCGUAAAGGAGAUGGACCAAGUCAUGGGGUACAUGGACAUUGAUCAUCGGCAUAUGCAUUUGCUGGCAGACGCAAUGACCUACAAAGGUGAGGUUCUUGGCAUCACUCGCUAUGGAUUAUCGAAGACUCGGGAUAGUGUGUUACAUCUGGCUUCGUUUGAGAAAACGGCGGAUCAUCUGUUUGAUGCGGUUGCAGGCAUGAAGACUGAUCGAUUAGAUGGGGUGUCUGAGUCUAUUAUCCUGGGGCAAACAACGAGGAUUGGUACUGGCGGUUUCAAGAUGGUAAGACGUCUGGGCAUUCAAAGUUUUGAGCUGUGCAAGAAGCCAACCUUGCUUGAGGAUUCGUGGAGAGCACAGCAAAAGUUGAAGAAGUUCACAACUUCACUGUGA